CCUUACAUGGCACAGAGGACUGAACAGGGUCUACAGAUGGAUAUAAACACUGCUAGUUCAAACACAACAUAACCACAUCUAGAAAUACUACUACAGAACCACAAGGACUACAGUGAAGUCAUACUGUAAGUGAAGCAGCAGACAUGGACAAGCAGACAUUUGUCACAUUACUAAAUGGCAUGGAGAAAGCCUCCUCCUUCGCCACCACCAUCAACCCACUCUUCAACACAGUCACUGCAGUGGUGAAGGUGACAAAGGGCCUGGUCGCCAAAGACCUCACCCAAGAACAGAACGCCAAAGAAUUCGAUCAAAUCCACGCCACGCUGGAAAGAAUCUCCAAGACAAACCAGCAGAUUCUGAAGCAGAUUCACCUGGACGAGGUCAAUGAGAAGUACGGCAAGUAUGAAGAGGAUAUCAAGCACCAGUACACCGCCCUCAACACCAUGGUGGAACAGAUCCAAAAAGACCCUGAGGGAAGAGAGGGAUACAUGAAAGAUUUCCAGGACGUCUAUGAGAGAGACCAGUGUGACCUUCCUCUAAAAACGUACUACGACAGUGUCAUAGAAGAGGAGAAAACUUUUGAACAAAGAGGUUUGCUGAAAGUGUACAUCGAGCACUACAAGCAAAACCGAGACGUCAUGGAGAAAAAGUGUUCCCAACUGGCUAAUGUCUUUCAAAUGGGCCUGAUGACACUAAUGGCAUAUACGGUGGUCACAGAGGAAGAUGAGGUUGAAGUCAGGGAGAAAUGGGCCCCCAGGAUGGAGAAGAUUCAGGCCAAGAUGAUUGAUGCGCUGGCCCAGUGUGAAGGGAACUGAUCCUCAUCCACUCCCAGGGUCAGGUUGGCAUGAGGGCUUUAAGGUUAAAGGUUUUUGGAGACUACUAGUAGUCUUCUUUCAAUUUUAAAAUAAUAGUAAUUUCCUUUUGGGUGGUGGGCAAUUCCUUUGUCAAUGAAUGGAAUUAAUUAAAUCUAGAUAUUAGAAUUUUUUGCAAUGAGCAGUGUUGCAAUUCAGUCCUUAUGUUUUCUAUUUUCCACUGCCAACUGUCAAGUUUACUUUCAGAAAUGAGUCUGAAUGCAUGCUUUAUGAUAAUCUUAUAUACAGUAUCCUUGGUUUUAAGUAAAUACUUUUUUGCACUGAAUUUAAAAAAGACAUUAGCACAUAUGGUGUUUUGUUAUUAAUUCUUUAAGUUCUUAGAUGGAAUGUAAACCAAUGAUGUUAAGGUAGUCAACUGCAGAGCCAUACACAGUACACUGUACUGUGUUGAGGUGUCAAAAAAUUGCUUCAUAGGUUUUUGAAAACAUUCAGAAAUAAACAGCACAAUGUGGAAGUGUCAACCACUGCUAUGGAGGCGAAAGUGGUUCUCUCGAACGUUCAGACAGAAACCGCAUUGACCCAACUACAUUUUAGAGUAGCCUUUUAUUGUCUCCAGCACAAGGUGGACCUCUGUAAUGAUCCUGCUGUUUAAUCAGCUUCUUGAUUUGCCACAUCUUUCAGGUGGAUGGAUUAUCUUGGCAAAGGAGAAAUGAUGAUGAGGGGAAAUACAUACAGUCAGGUCUAAAAUUAUUUGUACUUUGAUUAAAAAAAAGACAAUAUAAUAUAAUUAGAAAAAUUAUCAACAGGAGGCUGUUAAAGUAUUGAAAACAGGGGUAUCAAUAUUUUUUUACCAUAUCUUUUUGAGACAAUCUCUUUCUCUGAGCAAUUGUAUUAGUAGAAAAUACUAUAAUAAAACAUUUUUUUUAGCAUGGAAUAGGAAGUUACCAUUUUAAGGCAUCAAAAUGUUAUAAAAAAAAGGGAUUAAAUUCAUAUCUAGAAGCAAACCUGAUUUUCCCCUCCUACAGAUCUACACAACCUACUCCACAUUUUCAAAGUGAAAAAAGUUGUAGAAAUGUUUCAAAACAAAUACAAAAUAAACAGAAAUAUCAUAAUUGGAUAAGUCUCCACCCCCUUAGUUAAUACUUGGAGGAAACACCAACUUUGCACAACCCUGCGGCAACAUAUAUCCAGUGUUUUUGUCAAAAUGUCUCAAGUUCUGAGACUGAGACUAGACCACUUGACAUCUUAGGAAGCCAUUCUGGUGUGCUUUGGGAAUUAAAAUGUGUGUAAUUGUCUCGCUGAAAAAUACAACUCUAUCCCAGCGGUAGGUUGUCAGACGACUGAGGCGGGUUGUCAUCUAACUUUUUACCUGGGCUUUGCUCCUUUCAUAUUUCUCAAAUGGACCCCUAGACCCUAUGCACUUGCUGAUAUCUGAGAUGAUUUGAUUCCUAUAAGGCUGAUAAGCAAUAUGGUGAAACUUCCACUUAGCCUAUCAGUGGGCAAGGUGGAGCUAUUACCAUAUUGAUUGCAGAUGUCUAAUAUGAUCAGACCUCCACAAGUGCAUAGGGUAUGGUAUAGGGUCUAGGGGUCCUUUGGGGAUUGGACCCAUGUGUUGAAUAAAGCCAAUCGGGUAGUGGCUGUAGUACAUGUCUCUCCAUCUCUGUUCCUGUAGAGCUACCUUCCUGCAUGUUUCCACUCCAACCCUAACCUAGCACACCUGAUUCUAAUAAUUAGCUGGUUGAUAAGCUGAACCAGGUUAGUUCCAACUUGGGUUGGAGCGAAAACCUACAGGAGGGUAGCUCUACAGGAACAGGGUUGGAGACCCCUGCUGUAGUAUUACUUCAUACCUCUAGGUGUCAGAAUAGACAUGGAAUCCUGAUAAGUAAACAUUUGGUAACACUGCUACUGUAGGCACCCACACAUGAUGCCAUAUAAGUGAAUGUAAUACUGUGAAGAUGCUGUGCCUGCACUUUUUGAAAAAAGGUGCCAUCUACAAUCUUAAAGGGUUCUUUGGCUGUCCCCAUACAAUAGGAGAACAGUUUGAAGAACCCUUUAUUGUUUCCAGGUAAGGAAAGGUAACCGUUUCUACAGAGGGUUUUACAUGGAACCAAUAAGGGUUCUCCUAUGGGGACAACCGAAGAACCCUUUUGGAACCCUUUUUUCUAAGUGUGUAUAUUUCCACCAGAGGGCCUGGUGUUUACCUCACUGUAUUAUUAAAUCAAUGUAUAGGCCUAUGGUUCUCAUGGUGGGCCUAAAUGAAAAAUACAUGAUUUGGUCAAAUAUGUUACUAUGACAGUAGGCUUACUUAAACGUCUGCUUUUGUUUUUAGGCCACUGCACUGUCAAAGAGGAGACAUCGAGACAGCACACACAGAUAUAGGCUUCACCUCUGUGGUAUGUGCCCAUGCCAGCCAGAAAAACAGGUUUCCCCCCACACUCCCCUCCCCUGAGUCAGUGGACCAAAAUUGAAAUAUUUUAAGAUGAGUAUGCCAUCUGUCUGAGACAUAAGAUAUUGUCUUACCUGCAUAACUUCAUGAAGCACUUGUUUAAUGUGAAAUUUGCCUUAUUGUGCAGCUCCCACAACUUUAUGCAUCAGUCAGAAGUCAUCUUUCGAGACUGGCUGCUGCAUGCUACAAAGACAUUGAAAAAUAGGAUAUGUGUUUUAUUAAACUGCAAAUAAAUGCCGUUAAAUUC